AGAGAAGCUAGAGAAGGAACUAAGAGAGAUGGAGGAGAAAGAAAAGCUAGAGAAGGAACUAAAAGAGAAGGAGGAGAAAGAGAAGCUUGAAAAGGAACUGAAAGAGAAGGAAGAGAGAGAGAAAGUGGCUGAGAUGGACAAAAAGCCUGAGGAGAUAGAAAGACAGCCAGAGGGGAAAGUAGCCAUGCAGCCUGUGGAGAAAAAAUCUGAAAAACCAGUUGGGGCUGACAAGGAGCAUGAGGAAGGUGAGCAAGACAUGUUAGAGAAAGCAGAGACAGGGGCAGAGGCAGCAAUGGUGAAGGAGAUCCCAGAGACUCGCGCUGCCAUCGAAUCAGUGGUGACAGUUGAGGAUGAUUUUAUCACUGUGGUCCAGACCAUCGAUGAAGCAGAGGAGCCGGGGCACAGCGUUCGUUUCUCUGCUCCGCCUGAGGCUGAAGCCCUUUGUGUCGUUGCCCAGGAGGAGGAAGAGGAGGAAGAGGAGGAGUCUGUGGAGUUGGCCCAAGAAGCAGACAUGGAGGCUGCCAGUCUAGAGGAUGUUCCUGAGACUCCUGCCUCCCCAGAGAAGGCCGCUCAAACAGUAGAAACCGAAGGUCCGACAGAAAGCUACGACAGAGAUGAAACCACAAUGGACGACUCCAUCCUGGACAGCUCCUGGGUUGACACACAAGAUGAUGAUAAGAGUAUGGCAACGGAGCAGAUUGAGCCUUUGCCCAAGAUGUCCACCCCAGUCAAACCAUCUGCUGUGGUCCAGAACAAGCAGGCACAACAGAAAAAGGCAGAGAAACUGGAAAAACCUGUAAAACCAAAGGUUAAGGGAGGGCGGGCUAAAGGCCGAAUCUCCACACCAGAACGCAAACCUGUCCGCAAAGAACCUGUCUACAUCCCCAGAGAGGAAGUCAAGAAGAAAAAAGCUGUGAUAAAGACGACUGAGCUCACCAAAAAAAUGGAGACUCAGACUCAAUCCCCAUCCAAGAGGAGUUUGAUGAAACCAGCCAUCCGCCAGAACCGCCCCACCCAGCACCACUCCUGUCCUAGGAGGAGACACACAGAGACGCUACCAGACAGUCGUCAGCCUCUCAGUGUUGCCAGACAGUCUCGCGACAGAGCAUCGUGCCAUGCCCAUCGUUUGCCAUUAACAAAGAUCCCCACCUCCAUAUCCAGACUGGCUGCCUCAUUAGAUAGACCUCGCCCAUCCUCAGCAGAACCUCUAGGCUCCCCAGUAUUACAGAGACCCAUAGCCAAGGACGGUGGGUCAUGGAGCCCUGACACGAGGUCCUCUCUGCCGCGGCAUGCCUCCAUUCUGAGUCGCCGUGGAUAUCACGACCAAGAGGAGAGCUCCACCUCCAUCACCAGCUCCGGCUCCACGGCACCUCGCAGACCCACAUCGUUUCGCCCAGAGAUGAGGGCAGAGCAUAGGACAGGACGAGCCCCUAGUAUGACAGUUACAGAAACAGUGCGCUCCCGUUCAGCUCGCAGUGGCCACUCAACCCCCCGCACCCCUGGCUCCACAGCGAUCACCCCAGGAACCCCUCCCAGCUACUCAUCUUCCUCAAGGACCCCUGGAACCCCACGCUCCCUGAGCUUGAUUUCCCAGGAGAGGAAGGUGGCUGUGGUCCGCACCCCACCCAAGUCACCUGCAACCACUCCCAAGCAGCUCCGCAUCAUCAACCAGCCACUGCCUGACUUCAAGAACAUCAAGUCCAAGAUCGGCUCUACAGAGAAUAUCAAGUACCAGCCUAAAGGAGGACAGAUUCAUAUUUUAAACAAGAAGCUGGACUUCAGUCACGUACUGCCAAAAUGCAGCUCCAAGGAAAAUCUGAAGCACUCUCCCGAUGGAGGAAAUGUUCUCAUCCCUACUGUUAAGCUGGACUAUAGCCAUGUUCAGUCUAGGUGUGGGUCCUUGGACAGGCGGGGCUACUCGGCACGAGGUGGAAACGUGCAGAUACAGAACAAGAAGAUUGACUUGAGCCACGUGACCUCCAAGUGUGGCUCUCUAGACAACAUCCAUCAUCGGCCAGGGGGCGGUAACGUGCGUAUAGAGAGUGUGAAGUUGGACUUUAAAGACAAAGCCCAAGCCAAGGUGGGUUCCCUGGAUAAUGCUCACCACAUUCCUGGUGGAGGCCAUUUUAUGAUUGAGAGCCACAGGCUGAUGUUUCGCGACCAGGCCAAGGCACGAGUGGACCACGGAGCCGAGAUCAUUGUCCAGUCGCCGGGCCUGUCCAGCUCUGUGUCUCCCCAACGCCAUCGGGAGAGCCAACUAUCAUCCUCCGGCAGUCUCAACAUUACAGAGUCGCCGCAGUUAGCAACCCUGGCUGAGGAUGUCACUGCAGCUCUGGCCAAGCAGGGUCUGUGAACACUGGACCACUGGAUCCCUGGACAUCACUCGCCCUGAUUCCUUCAAACUUUUCUGCCCACUCCUGCCACCCUGAGGCCAACCUCAGCUAAACCACAGCCUCUAAACAUCUCCACUUCAAGAUCCAUCACUCCACUAUAAGUAGAGACUCGAAUUAGGAGCUACUGUACUUUGGUCCUCUUUAUUUCCUGUCUAUUUUAAACCCAAAUGUGCUAUUUCUGAUUCAUUUAGUUGACCUUUCUCUUUUUGAAUGAUGUUGCAUAGAAUAGUUCAGUCUGAGCACUGGUCCUCGAUUAAGUGGUAUAUACUAAGUGGGGACCAGGUAUUGGCUUGCCUGCUCCUGGUGUUUUGAAGAAGCUACAGCCUUUUUUUCUACAUUAAAUAAGAAGUAAAGUGGCCAGCACACCAUGCAGCACGUGUUGUUCCUGCUCAGUAAACGUGCAUGGACGCCAAACCCCCUAACAAACCGAGCAUCCUUACUGCAAGUCAUUUUUGUCAUCCAAUAUAUAAUAUAUUUAACAAAUAUAUAGAAACAUGUAUAAAAAUACCAGUUCUUUGCCAUCUACAUGUCCUGAAAACAUUUUAAAAGGAAGUGACAAUAUGGCUAUAAAAUAUACCUGUAAAAUUGCAUUACGCAAAAACUAGGUCAUGUUAUGACAAGCAUGUAUUGAUUCUAAUAUUAAAAGAGGCUAUUUUGUAAUCUUAAAAAAAGGAUUUUAAUAAGUUAUUUCCUCAGUUAUUGGGUAAAGAUUAAACAAGUUCAUGUUUUGUAGUUAUUAGUUGUUUACAGUGUAAUGCUUGGUGACAGUGUCAGACAGCUGAUUUGGUGUUGCUAAGGAAUGCAUCUCAGUCCUGUUAAAGAGCGUCAUACACAUAUACCUACUCAGUAGUUCAACACAGACUCCUGUUUAUAUAUCAGGAUAACAUUAAACACUGGAGCUCAUUUCACAAGCAUCCAUCCAAGAAGGAAACAGCCAAAAGAAUCAUGUCUCUACAGCUGCAGAUAUUCAGCUGACAUGAAUGAACAGUAUGGACAUUCCUCCGCUAACACAAUGCUGAGUUUGCACUCAUCAGGACUGUCUGAAGCGCAGGAGAAGGCGCUACAGAUGCGACUUGAGAUUUAGCAGAAGAUGCAGCUAUUCUGAAAUCUGUCUGUGUGUGUGCGUUUUGGUGCAGAUCCCAUGCUGUUUUACGAUGUAUGCUGCCGUAUCUGGGUGUUUUGUUGCAAUAUGUGGGAGACGAAAGUUGGAAAAAAUAUUUUGAAAAAUCCAUUAAAAAGACAAUUCAUGAAAGAAAAAUAAAACAGCCGAGGUAACUCGGAACCUGUUACAUCUGUUAGGAAAAAGUGUUUGGGUGAUCUAGUUUCUUUUUCAGACUCCAUUUGUGGUAUAUCCUGCCUCCUGCCUAAUUACUGCCCUCACCUGCGACCGUUUGUUUGCUUCUGUGUUUUUUCUGCAUAACCCAUCUCCGUGUGACCCCUUCCCACCUCCUGCUCCACCCUACAGCAACUGUAAAUGUACUUAAAAGGUCAAGUAGAUGUACGCAGUUUUUUUCUUGUUGAUAUGACACCAAUUACAAUAAUUAAUGACAAUAAAAAGGACAAAAAGUGA